AUGGUGCUGAAAGAGCGGCCCUUCAACUUUUUCGUUACCUACGGCAAUUGUCAUGUUCAUGUGAGUGGUUUUAUUGUUUUAUUGGGGUUAGGAGGGCUAUAGUGGUUUUUUUAGUACAAUUGGUAGGUCAUUUGGAUUAGUGGGAAGGGUAGAAAAAAGGUUUUAUUGUAGGGGUGUUUUUUGUUAAUUUUUUUGUUUUUGAUGGUGGGAGGGGUCAUUUUUUACUUUUUUAAGAAAACAUGGGUUAGAGUAGUCUCUAGUAACUUGACAGGUCAUUUGAAUGAACAGGUGGGGUAAAAAAAGGUUUUACCGGAGGGGUUUUUUUUGCGGAUUUUUUUUGAAUUUGCGGAGCUGGGAGGGGAUAGUUUUCAAAUUUUUUGAAAAAAUGGACUAGGAUGGGGUAGAUUUAUUAAAAUUUUUUAUAUGAAGGCAGUGUUCGCUCACCUCGGCAUCAAAAGUUAUAUUACACUAGGUUCUACUGCCUUCAAAACUUGAUUUGGUCAUAAGUACUAGGAUAGUGGACGGAUUGGGUUAAUUUUUGGUGUUGUCAUACACAAUACACUAGGCUUUAAUAUUGUCAGAGAAAUUUGGAAAUUUUUGAUUUGUAACAAGGUUACAGCUGUUUUGUCUUGGUACUAGAUGGCUAAAAUUUAGUGGUUUAGAAGUUUUUAUACAUUGUUUUAAAUAGGCGUAUUUUACGAUUUAUCUAAUUUUAUAGUUCUAAAAAGUCUUUUAAAAUAAAAUUUUACAAGAGUUUUUAUCGACCGGUCGAAAUUUUUUUUUUUUUUUUGAAAUUUUAAUUAGCAAUGUUAAUGUACUAUAAUAUUUUAGUACGCGGUAGUCUUCAUUUGCCUUGGAUGGAUUUUUGUUUCCAUGUCCGAGUUUCUGAGGUCCUUUGACACAUCACUUUAUCAAAACUGGUACCAUUUCCCGGUGUUCACGAUUCUGUACAUAUUGGCCUACGUCGGGAAUCGGAAGCUAAUACGAUGGUUAUACAUUCCAUGCAUGGUUCUUAAUGUAAGGUUAACAUUUUUUGUGAAUUUGGGGUUUAUUGGGUAGGGUAGAGUAGAGUAGGGUGGGGUAUGGUAUGGUAGAGUAGGGUAGAGUACGGUAGGGUAGUGCAGGAUAAUGUAGAGUAGAAUGGAGUAGGGUAUGGUGUGUUAGUGCAGGAUAGAUAACUCUACCUCAUCUUACUUUACUCUACAACAACGCACCUACCCUACCAAUUAGAGUUACACUGUGCUAUAAUAUACUUUAUAAACAUCAACACUAUACUGUAACAUUCACCUUUUCAGGCAAUAGCCUUAAUGGUAAACGCCGGUCAAGCUCUCGUACAUUUCAUGGUAUUAACAUUGGAACUGAUUGAACAAUUCAGUGAGAAGUCGAUGCUACAAUUCGUGACAGAAGAUCGUAGCGAUGAAAUCAAGUUCACAAUGGAAGGCACAAGAUACGUCCUCAUUAUCAUGGUAUUGGUCUACAGUCUUCGCGUGCUAUACCGAGAUUAUCUAUACCUAAAGGAUGUCGUAGGCAAUCCUAAUACCAAUAUCGCUGCGAUUGUGGACUUGUAG